GGAAAAUGAAAGUUCUCACUUGGCGGCGCGCCACAUUGAAACCUUCGAUACUCAAUCACAUUGUUAUCAGAUCCACGCUAACUAAAAGUUUUCGGAAUGAUUGAGAACAGCCGUGACCGACGAAAGCGAAUGAGAUGGAAAAGACGGUCGUUAUGGGUAACACAAAACAGCUUUUCAGACCAUUAAAAGAAACCGGAAUAAAGAAAGCAAGUGUAGAUGAGACAGUCUCCGGAAAGCGGAAUAUUAAUGAGCAGUUCAGCUGACCUUCAGCUACUCUAUAGCUGCUCACCAUUUCCAAACAGCCUGAGUGGAACGUUGAAAUAACACCUCCCCUAACUCUAAUUGAAGUUCAAAAAGCUAUAGCUAAUCUGAAACGAGGAAGAGUAGCUGGUUCAGUUGGAUUGACUACAGAGGUCUUAAGGAUGGUGGUCCAGUUUUAGCGAUAAGGUUGACCAUUACUUUAGCUAAAAUCUGCGAACUGAAUGUAAUCCCAUCUGACUGGUCGCAAUCAUUGAUUCUCCGAAUAUAUUAGAAAGGAUCAAAGUCAUCCUUUGAUAACCAUAGAGUGAUUAUUUUCACUAAUAUAACGUCUAAAAUACUAUCCUCAAUAAUUAUCAAACGCCUAACAAAGACUCGUUAACUGUAGACACAAGAAAACCAUUUUGGCUCCAGACCUGGUCGUGGCUGCAGCGACCACACAUUCACCAUUCGUCAGAUUUUAAAACACAGACAUACUUAUUGGCGUCCGGCAGUGGUAGUUUUUCUUGACCUAACAUCAGUGUAUUUGACUCUUUAGACUGAGAGAUUCUGUAGCAGUGUCUAUCACUAAAAAUGCAUGCUUCAGAAGUACACAAACCUUUUGAAGGCUCUUUACUCAAACACUACCAGCGAAGUCAGAGCUUAUGGCAAAUUGUCAUCUUAUUUUGCAAUCUCAAGUGAUGUCCAGCAAGACUGUCCACUAUCUUCAUUUCUGUUUAAUUUAAUCAUAGACCUACUGCUGAAAAUAACGUUCUCGUUGUCUGAGUCUUCGGAAAUUGGUCGCACACCAGAGAGUUCACUUAUUGACGUAGUCCUGUUUAGUGAAGAUGCUGACAAAAUGCAGUCUUUUGGUAGCACUGAGUAACAGUGAAAGGAUGUUUGGGAUGCGUUUCUGCUGUCUAUCAAUUAAAGGACGAGUAUACUGCGCAACACCCAUAGCCUUCGACCUAAAGGUCUGAUCCACAAGGCAGUGGAGCAACGUAAGUAAAUGCAGUCCCAUGGUAGCCAGUAACCAACAAUUGGUUCAUACGCCAUUUGUUUCUUCAGGAUCAUGGAGCCCAUGUGCACCACUGGAUUAGAAUCAGGGUUUUGCAGUUCACCCAGGUGGACCCUGCGUGUUCACCAACCCGGUUAAAACGCCAUACAUUCGCUUUUCGUCCUCUGAAUUUCGUAAAUAACAGUAGUGCCGUGAGAAGGCGGUGAGUAGGACUUCCCUGACAGUAGCUGUAUGAGCGUGGCCAUGUGAGAGGAUUUGGAGCGGGAGAGCGGACUCUCCCCACCCUCAACCUUACCACUAAGUUUUGAGAAUAUGGGUCAGACAGAUAGUAUGGAGAAGUAUUUAUGAGGGGAUACUGCAGCCUAAGAUCUAAGAUAAGGUAACGAUUAAAAUGACCCAAGUUGUUUGCAUCAGUUCUGAGCCGUCUAAUCCAACGUUUCCAACCACUAAUCUGGGUUCUCUCACAGAUCCAGACCAGGAAUCGACUUGUGUCGAUUUCUUUCCUAUUGGUACAAAUGUAUCGUAUUUUCUUCGGAUACAAAUGUCACGCAUCUUCUCUGUUCUUACAGUGUUCAUAAUUCAUUAUACUUUGAGAUUUUAUGGAUCAAUUUUCUUUCCUCCUAAUUAGUUACCAAUAUUUAAUAACUAUGUUGCCUACACAAGAGGCGAAUACACUGACAGAGAUGUUAAUAUCUGGAUAUCGUCUAGAUGGCCGGUCAAUAAAUGAAUAUCGUGAAAUCAGCUUUCGUUUCCCUCAGGGGAAAGAUCCUAAUGUUUCCGGUUGUUGUGUUGUAAAAAUAGGCGCUACGACUGUAAUGGCACAAGUUUCAGUUGAAGUAAUUGAGCCUAAACAUUUUCGUCCUUCUCAAGGAAUGUUGUUUGUACACUUCGAUGCUAGUAUUUUAAAGUUAUCUAAAACUCUAUAUCGUAAACAAAAACGUGAUGAUGAAGGUCGUCGUCUAUCAGCUGUUCUCCAAACAUUACUUCGAGAUAGUAUUGACUUGGAUGCUCUGUGUAUAGUUGCUUGGGAACGUGUAUUUGCUGUACGAGUUGAAUUACGUGCUUUAUCUUAUGAUGGAAAUUUAGGAGAUUGUGGUGCAUUAGCUGCUGUCGCCGCUCUGGCAGCUUUUCGUCGACCAGAUGUUUAUGUUGAUGAUACGGGUAAAGUACUAGUCGAUUUCGAGGCUAAAUUUCGACCUAGAGUACCUUUAGGUAUUCGUCGUACUCCAGUACUUGUUACACUUGGUCUAACUGCAGAUGCUAAAGUAAUUUUAGUCGAUCCUACUGCUCGUGAAGAACUUAUCCUUACUGGUGGACGUGUAUUACUUGGUUUAACUAAUACUUCUGAAAUAUGCUGCCUGUACACCACUGGAUUAUCUGUGCCUAUUCAAUGUUCAUCACUUUCAAGGUGUAUUCAUUUAGCUAAUUCCAAAGCAAAAUGUCUUGUUUCAUUAAUUAAUUGGGUCUUAGAAGGUUUAUCUAUUCAAAGAGAAGCAAAUUUAGCCGCUGCCCAUGCUAGAUCUAGUGAUCUCAAUAACAGUGUAUUAACAACAUCAAAUGCUCCAUUAGUUUUAUCCACUGCAACAUUUCUUCUUGAUAAAAAUAAUCAAAUGGAUCAUGAAACUGGUUCAUAUAGAGAAGAAGGUGAAAUUCUACCAGCAGAUCAUAAUAAUGAUUCAGAUUCAGAUUUAGAUAAUGAUGAUAUGGAUGUUGUUAGUUCUGAUGAUGAUGAAGGUAAAGGUCCACAAUCUUUUAUGAAAUCAAAUGUUAAACAUAAAAAGGAUACAAAACUUUUACCUUAUGGUGUCAUUGAAGUAUCUAGUAGUAAUAUUGAUCAAAACUCAGAAAAGGUAAUGCCUAAUUCUUCAGUAAAUGACUUUGAUGAAUUUGAUUCCAUUAAUAUAUAUAAUGCUAAUUCUAUGACUUUAAAAACUUCUAAUCAAAUAUUUACUGAAGGAUUUCAACAAAAUGAUCAGAUUAUAGAUUCUGUAUAUAAAGAAUCUAAUGAUGAGGAUGAGGAUGAAGAAGAAGAUAAUAUUACUAUAUUGAAUUUAAAUUAAAGAAACAAACUAUUAUACUUUUCUGUAUAGUACUUUGUUAAUUAAUAAAUUUGCUUAUUUGAAUAUUCAUGUAUAUAGAUAUUAUGACCUUUUUGGUUCCUUUUUGUUGUCUUUCUCUUCUUAUCAUCAUUCAUUGGUUCUUUUCUAUUGAUGACCCCGAAUGCCC